GCUUCACACUUCAAUAAUUCCCCCAUCUUCUCAAUCCAAACUUUGCGCUUUAAUGAAAAAAAAUUAAGGUAAAUGACAAAGUUUUAAUUAGUUUAAACACACCUCGAUUAUGGAACCAGUUGACCAAACCAAACAGAACCAGAAUCUAUGGCUUCCAUUGGAGUGGUUCCACUUCCUUUGUAGUAUGAAUGAAUCAGUGUCUCUAAUAUUUGCCACUGGGACCCCCCAUUAAACACCCUUUUCUCUCUGUGAAAAGAAGUAAAGAACACAAUGGAGUUGUUUGUGGCACUAACUCUAAACUAAGCACCAAAAACCAGAUUCCUUUUGUGUAUUUGGUUUUUGCCACCACUAACUCCAACCUUUCAUUGUGUAUUUAUUUUGUGUUUACUCCCAAUCUUCAAUCUUCAAUCUUCAAAAACACACAUGAUUAUAAAGCCAGAAUUUGACACCACCUUUUAUAGCACCAAACCAAAAAAGAAGAUUCCAGUUACCACCAAGUUCAUCAGAUUAGACCAAAUGGUUCUCCUUCCAAACCAACCAUGGUUGAAGGAAAAGUGAGAAAAAAGAGAAGAAAAUGCGUGGAUUAAAGAUAAGUGAACGCUUCAAGAGCACACAAGUUCAUGCCCUGAAUUCCUCAGAAACCAGUGGUGGCAGCAGCAGCAGCAGAAGAAGAAGAAGAAGCAAUGGUUCUUCUUCUGGUGUUGUAUCCCUUGUGUUGUCAAAGGCCAAACCAAGGAACAAAACAACCUCAGAAGUUGGAAACCUUGUUGUUCCUCUUCAGUUACCUUCCACUGACACAAUUGAACCAUCCAUUGAGCCUUACCUCAAACCAAUCAACCUUGUGGAAACCUUGGCAGAACUCUACUACAGGCUAGAGUGUUGCCCCCAAUCACAGAAGGCUUCAAUUUGUAUCGAGCAGUAUUCGCUGUUGCGCGGAAUUGGAGACCAGAAGCUUCUCAGGAGGUGUCUCCGGACAGCGCGGCAGAAUGCCGAGGACGUGUUGUCCAAGGUUGUUUUGUCAUCAUGGUUGAGGUUUGAGAGGAGGGAGGAUGAACUUGAAGGUGUGUCUUUAAUGGAGUGUGGUGGUUGCAUCCUUGAAUGUCCAAAAUUGAAUUUGGUAAAUGGGUUUAGUCCCUUUUCGGUUAAUGAUAAGUGUCAGUGUCCAAAAGAGUCAAAGCAAGAAAACAUCACAGAGAGUAGUGUGUUUUUGCCAUAUGAGGAAAAGGAUAUUUCUUUCUGCAUUGGAGAUGAGGAAAUCCAUUGUGUUAGGUGGCGAAUGGCAGAACUUUCAGACCCUUUUAAGGCCAUGUUAUAUGGUGGAUUUGCAGAGUCCCAAAUGAGGAAAAUUGAUUUCACAAAAGGUGGAAUUUGCUCAAAAGGUAUGAAGGCAGUGGAAUUGUACAGCAGAACAAAAAGAUUGGAUUCCUUUUGUCCUUUAACUCUUUUGGAGCUUCUUUCCUUUGCCAAUAGGUUCUGUUGUGAGGAGAUGAAGUCUUCUUGUGAUUCUCAUUUGGCUUCAAAUGUUGACAAUAUUGAUGAUGCCUUGAUACUUAUCGAGUAUGGAUUCGAGGAGCGAGCGCCUCUCCUUGUGGCAUCCUGCUUGCAAGUGUUGCUCAGGGAACUUCCCAGUUCUUUGUACAAUUUGAAUGUGAUGAAACUUUUCUGUAGUUCUGGGGCGAAGGAACGGUUGGCCAUGGUGGGGUAUGAUUCUUUCUUGCUCUACUGUUUCCUAAGCCAGGUUGCUAUGGAGGAAAGCAUGGUAUCGAAAACCACAACAAUGUUGCUGCAAAGAUUGGAGGAAUGUGCACUGGAAAGAUGGCAGAAGGCCCUUGCAUACCAUCAACUGGGGUGUGUUCUGCUCGAAAGGAAGGAAUAUAAGCAUGCACAACAUUGUUUCGAGGCGGCAGCAGAUUCAGGUCAUGUGUAUUCUGUUGCAGGCUUAGCCAGAACAAAGCACAAGCAGGGUCAACCAUAUUCAGCCUAUAAGUUAAUUAGCUCUCUCAUAUUCGAGCAUAAACCAGCCGGGUGGAUGUAUCAAGAGCGCGCAAUUUACAAUAUGGGAAGGGAAAAGAUUAUUGAUUUGGAUGCUGCAACUGAAUUAGACCCCUCCCUUUCAUUUCCUUACAAGUAUAGAGCUCUGGCAAAGGUGGAGGAGAAGCAGAUAAAAGAUGGGAUUUCGGAGCUUGAUAAGAUCAUUGGAUUCAAGCUCUCUGCAGAUUGCUUAGAAUUACGAGCAUGGCUAUUUAUUGCGCUUCAGGAUUAUGAAAGCGCAGUCAGAGAUAUUCGCACAAUGUUAACUUUAGAGCCAAGUUACAUAACCUUACAAGGGAAGGUCACAGGGAAAUAUCUGCUUCACCUCCUUAGCCAGGAGGUGGAGCGAAAGAGUCAGGCCGAAUGCUGGAUGCAACUGUAUGAACAAUGGUCUUCGGUGGACGAUGUUGGUUCAUUGGCCAUUAUACAUCAGAUGCUGGAGAAUGAGCCUGGAAAGAGCCUUCUAGAGUUUCGCCAGUCGCUACUACUCUUGAGGUUAAAUUGUCAAAAGGCGGCGUUGUGUAGUUUGAGGAUGGCUAGGAACCAUUGUAGCUCAAUGCAAGAAAGGUUAAUCUAUGAAGGAUGGAUUCUGUAUGAUACUGGCUACCGGGAUGAGGCUCUUGCAAGGGCUGAGAGGUCCAUUGCAAUUCAGAAAUCAUUUGAAGCCUUCUUUUUGAAAGCAUAUGUGUUGGCAGAUACAAGUCUUAACCCUGAAUCCUCUUCUUAUGUUAUUGAACUUCUGGAAUCGGCGCUUAAAUGUCCUUCGGACGGUCUUCGAAAAGGACAAGCUCUAAAUAACUUGGGGAGUAUUUACGUGGAUUGUGGUAAGCUUGAUCUUGCAAAAUCGUGCUACAAGAAUGCCUUGGCGAUUCGCCACACGAGAGCUCAUCAAGGUCUAGCACGUGUUUAUCAUCAAAAGAAUCAGCGAAAAGCUGCGUAUGACGAGAUGACCAAGCUAAUUUCGAAGGCAGAUAGCAAUGCCUCAGCAUAUGAGAAGCGCUCAGAAUACUGCGACCGCGAGAUGGCGAAGGUUGAUCUUGAUUUAGCAACACAACUUGAUCCUUUAAGGACUUAUCCUUACAGAUACAGGGCAGCAGUGAUGAUGGAUGAGCAAAAGGAGACGGAGGCCGUGGCGGAGCUUAGCAAGGCCAUCAAUUUCAAGCCUGACAUGCAAAUGCUUCAUCUGAGAGCAGCAUUCUAUGAGUCAAUGGGGGACUUAUCCUCUGCUCUUCAAGAUUGUCAAGCAGCUCUUUGCUUAGAUCCUAACCACACCGACACCCUCGACCUCUAUCAAAGGGCGCAGAAGCUUCGCUUUCAAUCUUAAAUUUUGUUAUGCUGUCCAAAAUCUGUUACAUUUUCUCUCAGAAUUAAUCUUGGUUGAAGAAAAGAUGAACAAAACAAGAUUUGAGUCAUGUGUUUUACAUGAUCAAACAGGAAGAUGGAUUAUUCAGGCUACUCCAUCAUUGGUAUGAUAUGAUAUGGAUUCUUCUGAGGCAUAUUGAUAUGUAGAAUUUGUCUCAGACAGUUUACACAUCUUGUACAGUGACAUGAAUAUAAUUUAUAGAGGUUCACAUUU